AUGAACAGGUUGUACGUUUGUUCGCGAUGCCUACGAUCUUUGAAACGUAAGACUCGCCAUUUUGCGACUCAAGCAUCCCCAGACCUGUAUGACGUCGCUGUCAUUGGGGGAGGCCCCGCUGGAUUGAGCCUCUUGACAGCUCUGCGUACAUCGAAAGCUACCUCCAACCUUCGUCUCGCCCUCAUCGAAAGUCGAGAUCUCAAGCAGGCUCGCCAAUGGCGUUUACCCCCAGACCAAUAUUCCAAUCGUGCGAGCUCUCUCACCCCAGCUUCGAGACGUUUCCUCGAAAAAUGUGGAACCUGGUCUCAAAUCGAUCAUUCGCGAUUACGGUCUUACCAGAAAAUGCAAGUCUGGGACGGGCUUUCGGAUUCAGGCCGGAUAUCAUUCAACAGCACGACCACCGAGGAAGCUGUAGCCUACAUGGUCGAGAAUAGUAAUCUUACAAAGGCACUGGCGUCGCAGCUGGAAUUAUUAAAGCCCAUCUCGAUGUUUGAUAAUACGAUGGUUGAAAAUAUUCAGCUAGGUCCGCCGCCAGACCCGUCGCUCUCAGCUUUGAACCUUUCCUCGUACCCUCAUGUUGCCCUUUCGUCUAAACAUACUAUCGCGGCCCGACUCCUGGUUGGUGCCGAUGGUGUCAAUGGGCCUGUGCGCACUUUUGCAGGCAUACCUACGCGAGGGUGGGACUAUGAUCGUCAUGGCGUUGUCGCAACGCUCAAGCUAAGCCCACACAAACCCGGGUCUGAUCACGCAACUGCGUAUCAGCGUUUCCUUCCUAGCGGUCCCAUAGCCCUCUUACCACUUCCCAAUGGGCAUGCCACAUUAGUAUGGACGACCACACUCGAACAAGCUGCGAGACUCAAAUCCCUCAGCUCCGGAGACUUUCUUGCAAUGGUGAACGCAGCUUUUCGACUUUCAGUGAUAGAUAUUGACUUCAUGUUCACUCAAACCUCAGGUCAACUUGACGAAUUCCAAUGGCGGGCCUCCGUUCAUCCCAUUUCGGACAUUGAGACUUCUGGCUCGAUCCCACAACCAGUCGUCUCUAUCCAGCCUGGCUCCAUAGCAUCAUUCCCCCUCCGUCUCCGUCAAGCAGCGACUUAUACCAGCGACCGUAUUGCCCUAAUUGGCGAUGCAGCACACACAAUUCACCCACUGGCGGGCCAAGGUUUGAAUAUGGGCUUGUCAGACUCGCAGGCUUUGGCUGGUGUAAUUGGGAAUGCGAUUGAGCAUGGUGCUGACAUAGGAAAUGAAUUGCAGUGUCUUGACAGAUUUAACAAUGAAGUGUGGAUGAAGAACAAUCGCAUGCUGGGUAUCGUGGACAAAUUGCAUUGGCUGUAUAAUGCAAGGAACCCUUUCAUCGUGGGGGCGAGAUCUUUGGGUCUUCGAGCUGUGGAUAGCUUGAACCCGCUGAAGGGAUUUUUCAUGAGACAAGCCAGUGGAUCAUGA